UUUAAUAAUUUCUUAACUUUUCAUAAAAGUUAUUUUUAAGAACUAUUUCAAUUUAUAUGGGAUGGUUCCUGAAUUCAAUUUUUUUCUUAGUCAGUGCAAUUGCCAUAAUAAUUAAUAGAUAUGAACAUCCAUUGGUUAUUUCGCUUGCAUUUUCACUUGUUUCUGGUAUUUUCGUGUUUAAGGCAAUCCCUACAUUGGCACCAUAUUUUAUUAAGGUUGGGUUUUAUGGAAAAGAUUUGAAUAAGAAGGGAAAACCUUUGAAGCCAGAGGCAAUGGGGAUUGUUUGUUCUAUGACUUAUAUAUUUUUUAUGUUUUUAUUUAUCCCAUUUGCAUUUUAUAAAUACUUUGUUAUGACAUCGGGUGGUGGAAAUCGAGAUAUCUAUGAGGUUGUUAAAGAGGAGAAGACAUUUCAAUUAUUUCUUCAUAACAAAUUGGGUGAAUAUUUAUCGGCGAUUUUAUCUCUUCAAAGUAUGGUUCUUUUAGGUGCGGCGGAUGAUCUUUUUGAUAUACGUUGGAGAGACAAGCUUUUUAUGCCUGUAUUUUCGGCUAUUCCUAUUCUUGUUGUGUAUUAUAUUGAUUUUGAUGUUACAUAUGUUGUUGUUCCAACAUUUCUAGAGCCUUAUUUGGGAAAUCUUAUUGAAAUAGGAUGGCUAUAUUAUCUUUAUAUGGCGGCAUUGUCAAUUUUUUGCCCUAACAGUAUUAAUAUAAUUGCAGGAAUUAAUGGAGUAGAAGUGGGGCAAUCCAUUAUAAUUUCACUCUGCAUUAUAAUUAAUGAUUUAUUAUAUGUCUUUAGGUUAACAGGACCUUCUAUUGAUUCUCAUUUAUUUUCACUUUAUUUUUUAUUACCUUUUCUAGGUACUUCAAUACCUUUGUUAUAUUAUAAUUGGUACCCUGCAUCUGUUUUUGUUGGCGAUACUUAUUGUUGUUUUUCUGGAAUGAUAUUUGCAAUUGUUGGUAUUAUAGGUCAUUUUUCAAAAACUAUUCUUCUUUUUUUUAUUCCGCAAAUAUUUAAUUUUAUAUUGUCUUUUCCUCAAUUAUUUGGAAUUGUUGAAUGUCCAAGACAUAGAAUGCCCAAUCUUAAUUUAUCGACUGGUCUUUUAGAACCUUCAAUGGUUAUGUUUUCAAAGAAGCCAUCCUUUUUAUGCAGAAUAAUUCUUAAAAUAUUUGCAAAAUUGGGUUUUGUACGACUAAAAAUACAUCCAAUUACUAAAGAAAUUCAAGGGACGACAAAUCUUACAAUUAUUAACUUUCUUUUAGUUAGAUUGGGGCCUAAAAGAGAAGACAAACUAACAAUAAUAAUAAUGGAAAUUCAGGCUGUAAUGGGUUUGAUAGGAUUAUUUAUAAGACAUAAAAUGGCAAAACUUAUUUAUCUUAAUGAUAAUUAUUAG